UGACGAUCGCCGUUUCAGUGCUGUCCUCAGCAGCAGAAGGCGUAAAGACACCGAGGGACUUGAAACGCUGCCCUCGGCUCGGCGAAUAUGAGGCGAAGGCCAAAGGGAAUAGAACGAGUUGGUGAUCUACCCUUGCCAAUAAUCUGCCCGAAUGUCUCUUAGUCACUGUAUACCAUCUCCCCAAUCUACGCACAUUGACCCUACCCCGUAUCCUAUCUUUCGGCUUGGUCGCUUCCACACUGCCUUCAAAUUGCCACAAUACCGCCUUAUCUAUCGCCCUCCUUCCGCCUACCAGCAUCACUCAACACCUUUGCCUCUCGGCGUAUUCUACAAGCUCAUCCUCCCUUUCAUCUCCUGCUCCCACCGUCUCUUUCCCUCUGGUCUCGCUCUGCUUACCCACCGGGAUCGCCACUGCGCUGCGUCGUCUCCUCCUCCUCGCAAAUCCGCCUCAUCGCCCAAUCCCCACGCGUAGGAAGACGCUCGUUCUCGGCUCCAACCCCUUCUUUUGUCCUUUCCAGAGGCGUAGUCUGAAAUUUUUCCAAAGAUUGGCUUCUUUACUCACCCACCCUGCGCCGCCACU